GGGACAGGGAAGCUUCCAGAGAGGCCCAUGACCAGGCCAUGGGGAUGCUGGCGCUGACAACCAAAAGCCCCUGGACCCUGUAAACCUGUCCGGCACCACAGAGGCAGAGAAGAUGAGUGAGAGGCGAGUGGCAACGAACUUGCCCUCAGAAGCCAACUCCAGCAUGCCCCUGCAGAGGCACCGGGUGUCAUCCCUCAGGGGAACACGUUCUCCGUCCUCCUUGAAUAGCCCCCCAGCAUCCAGGACCAGUGCUGUGGGUAGCCUCGUCCGUGCCCCUGGGGUCUAUGUAGGAGUUGCACCCAGUGAUGGCAUAGGUGGCCUCGGUGCCCGAGUGACCCGACGGGCCCUGGGCAUCAGCAGUGUCUUCCUACAGGGCCUACGGAGUUCAGGCCUUGCCACCGUACCUGCUCCAGGCCCAGAAAGGGAUCCCACUACUGUUGAGGACCUGGGGGGCUGCCUAGUGGAGUAUAUGACCAAGGUGCACGCUCUGGAACAAGUCAGCCAGGAGCUGGAAACACAACUGCGGGCUCACCUGGAGAGCAAGGCCAAGCGCUCUGGAGGCUGGGAUGCCCUCCGUGCCUCCUGGGCCAGCAGCUACCAGCAGGUGGGAGAGGCUGUCUUGGAAAAUGCCCGGCUCAUGCUACAGACGGAGACGAUCCAGGCUGGUGCAGAUGACUUUAAAGAGAGAUAUGAAAACGAGCAGCCAUUCAGGAAGGCAGUGGAAGAAGAAGUUAGUUCCCUGUACAAAGUCAUCGAUGAAGCUAAUUUGACAAAGACGGACCUGGAGCAUCAAAUAGAAAGCCUGAAAGAGGAACUGGGCUUUCUGUCAAGAAGCUAUGAAGAGGAUGUGAAGGUUCUGUACAAACAGCUGGCAGGGUCUGAGCUGGAGCAAACAGAGGUCCCCAUGGGCACUGGUCUGGAUGAUGUCCUUGAGACGAUCCGCAUUCAGUGGGAGAGAGAUGUGGAAAAGAACCGAGCAGAAGCAGGAGCCUUGCUCCAAGCUAAGCAACAGACAGAGGUGGUCCACGUAUCCCAGACCCAAGAAGAAAAGCUGGCCGCUGCCCUCAGCGUAGAGUUACACGACACUUCACGCCAAGUCCAGAGUCUCCAGGCUGAGACAGAAUCUUUACGGGCUCUGAAACGAGGCCUGGAAAACAGCCUGCAUGACGCCCAGCACUGGCAUGACAUGGAACUGCAGAACCUGGGUGCCGUGGUGGGCAGGCUGGAGGCAGAGCUGGCAGAGAUCCGCUCCGAGACAGAGCAGCAGCAGCAGGAGCGGGCGCACCUGCUGGCGUGCAAGAGCCAGCUACAGAAGGAUGUGGCAUCCUACCACGCCCUGCUGGACAGAGAGGAGAGCAACUAAUGGGGAAACCAAGAACAACUUCCGCUUUUCACAAAGAAAACCCUGCCUUCCUCGGCAGCCCACCUGUGAUGAUGUCUGAAGAACUUCAGCUGCUGCUGGAUUCCCUAGCUGACUCAGACGGAGCUUCCUGGGGGUGGAGAGGGUUCCUCUGCUCUCAUUUCUGUAGUCUGUAGUUUGAACGACCAAGGCCUCUCUGAAUAAAUAACUUUGCGUGUGGCUCCCA